AUGAGCGCCGGAGCCGCCACCGGUCUCGUGCGAAUUGCCGAGGCUUCUGAUUGCGUGCCGCUGCGGUCUGGCCCGGGCGGCCACCUUCCGCCGCGUUCGCUCUGCUUGGCCGGCGUUCUCGUUGGAGCUGGGUCUGCUUCGUCAUCCUGGACCAAGAGGCAGGCGUUUCCUCUCCGGGAUCGAGCUUACAGAGAGAGCAUUGCUCGCUACUCAUGGAUGGUGAGAGCCAGCAAGCAACCAUACCUCUUUAGCAAAUGCUUGACUCCUGUCCGUUUGGUUAUGUUAUCGAUGCUUCUGAAAAUAGAUGAGGAGGAGAUCGAAGCCUGCCCAGUAUGCGACGUUGCUCUUGGGAUCACUCCUGAAGAGAAACUCAGGGCUGAUAUAAGUAUUCAGGCUAUCAGAAAUUAUUUGUUUCCACCUAAGGCAGAUGUAGAUGCUUUUGAGGCUCCAACUAUUACAUUGCCAGCGAAGAGAAAAGAGAGGUCCAUUUCUUCCUUGGUUGAAACCCCAAAGAUGUCAACACAGUCUACUCUGACAGGACGGAGAACCAAAGCUGCAAGAAGGACUAUCACAUCCCAGACGUUUUCUCUCGGUAAAUUGCCAAAUAAAUCUGAAGACCGCUAUCAGAUGGCUGAGAAGGCCUCGGCACUAAAAUCUACCAAGAUGACAACAUCUGCAAAUAAAAAACAGAACAGUGUAGAUAUUUCUGAAGAUGGAAAGAAUCAUGGGACGAUUGACAAGGAAGAGCUUGAGAAGCCCUUACGGAGUUUAGUCGUGGCAAGCGCGAAGAAAUCGCAGAAUCCAAGUCCUUGUCUCAAGGAAAGUCACAAAAAUAAAACAACCACAGAGCAUACUCCGAGGGAAAGCCCAGAAGCAGACUCGCAUGAUGGAAUAACUACCCAAGUCUGGUUUUCACUAGUCACUUCACCGAACCAGAUAGAAGCUAAACUGUUGCCUCAGCUAGAAAAGAAUUUCUACAGAAUUAAAGAUGGAACUAUGCGGGUAUCCUCCAUCCUGAGGCUGAUUAUGAAAAAACUUGAGCUAGCAAGUGACGAUAAGGUGGGCCUUUUAGAUGUCAUUGUACUUCCAUUUUUUAUUGCUGCCACUCCACAAACCCUACUCAAGUCUGUGCCCUGCUAUCAAGAAAUUGUGAAGGGGCCACUGUCCCCAUGGAUUUCCAUUAAAAGGAACCACCCUGCUGCAUUUGUAGAUUUGGAUGGUGACAUAGUGGAGAUCUUAUGCCAUGAUGAGUCGGUGUGCCCCUCGACAACGCUGCACGGCCUACUCGAGCGGUGGCUGAGCUGCAAGCCGAAGGAAGAGGUCCUGAGGCCGUGGUUUUGGCUGGUAACGGUCUAUGCCAGGGCGUGGCCUGCAAAGCUGCACAUCGAGCGAGCUGAACAGCUGCCUCCACAGACAAGUGAAACAGUGCAGUGA